AUGGUGUUUGAGGACAGUCAGGAGACGGAGAAGAAGGACCUUCAGAGUCGACUGGUAAUGCUGGAGUCACACACACGUCAAAUGGAGCUCAAGACCAGGAACAACUCGGACCAGAGUGAGUCAAUCAAUCAAUCAUUGUGGCUUCUAGGACUGGAGCUGUGAACCCUAAUGGAAGGAAUACUGAGAAAGACAUUACAAGUGAAGGGCUCAGGAAUGUGCAUCACUGGGGGCUGGAAGAACAAUAUAUUUACUGGGUUAUACUGUAUCCGCAGGCCAUAGAAACAAACAACCCACAUGAUGCUGCCAAACACAGCCUCACGAACCGUGGGAAGGUCAUUACAUAAGGAAUAAACUCACAAGGUGAUAAAUAGUUUAAUGUUGGAGGUGUCUGUGUAAGUGCAGUCUAUAAGGGAGUCUUGAAUGGAGAAUUUAAUUUAAUUUUGCAAUCAUUGCAUCACACCUCGAACUCAGUUUAUUCUGGUCUGCUGAGUUGGUGUUUGACUGUGAACUAGAAGGACUCUGAUUGGGUUAAGCAGCCACUUUAUGGGUUUCUGCCAGCUGACCUUGACUGAGUACACGCACGCAUCACCUGACUUGACAUUCAAUAGUGCUCACAGCCAAGUCCACAGUCCUUGUUCUUUCCAAUUGGGGUUUCUCUCUCUUCCACUUUCACCACAUCUUUCUUUUUCUUUUCUUUCACUUUCAGUUCUUUCUUACUUGAACAGUUUUCAUUCUCUCUGUCUUCUCUCUCCUUAAACUAGAUCGGGAGAGGCAUAGCAGUAAUACUCUUGUGUUGAGUCAUUUAGAUGUGGAAACUAGGCUAGCUCAUAGUUCAUAUUGCUCAGCAGGUGUGUGUGUAGACUGUAGAUGAUGAACUGUACAGAUAUAGUAUACCGCAAGCCGUAAACAUACAGUACUUCCGCUUCCCAAUACACACGUUUUACUAUCCUUGUGGGGACCUAAAAUUGAUUUCCUUUCAGAAUCGUAUUUACCUUAUCCCCUAACCCUAAUUGUAACCCUAAACCUAACCCCUAAGCCAAAAAUAACCUUUGUCCUCGUGAGGAACUGGGAAGUGUCCCCACAAGGGAGGAUAGUACCCACGAGGAUAUUAAUACAAGCCCACACACACCAGGUGGUUUCCUAAAGGGUUAUUUCUGUCUGUACAUUCUCUAGUUGGUUCCUCAUUGUCUACUGGUAGUCACUAGUCAUGGUAACAAAUAACUUACAAAUCACAUAGCCAGCUGAGCUAAGUCCUAGGCAUUCACUAAACCACCUACGACUGUCUUGAGUUUAAAGCCUGACCUAACAAGUCUCUUUUCUAUUCGUCUGAAUCAAAUCCCUGUCCUAUGUCUCAUUCUACUAAAAGCCAACGCCAAAAAUCCAGUGACAACAGUCUGGUGUUGUUAGCCAGGCUACCAUAGAGAAAUGUGGAGGUAGCAGAUGAUAUUAGAUAACUGUGUUGGCAGUUAGUGACUAACUCCUGAUGCUGUGUUGGGAGGGUCAUUGUCAAUGAGCAGAUGGUAGGCCUGCUUGGGUUAGUGUCUCAAUCUCACACAAAUCAAAUUGUAUUUGUUUCAUGCGCCGAAUACAACAAGUGAAGACCUUACCGUGAAAUGCUUACUUAAAAGCCUUUAACCAACAAUGCAGUUCAAGAAAUAGAGUUAAGAAAAUAUUUACUAAAUAGACUAAAGUAAAAAAUAAAAAGUAACACAAUAAAAUUACAUAACAAUAACGAGGCUAGAUACAGGGGGUACCAGUACCGAGUCAAUGUGCGGGGGUACAGGUUAGUCUAGGUAGUUUGUACAUGUAGGUAGGGGUAAAAGGACUAUACUCUGCCUUUGUGAGAGGAUAUGGUUAGGCUGGGCAAUCAUCUGCAUGUACACACACAGAAUGUUGUCAGGGUGUUUUCACUAUAAACAGUCCAUGCCAGCCAAGUUGCCAACACAGUGGAUUAAGUAACAGGGCUCAGAGCUAUGUUUUACUGAAAUAGAGUAGAUUCUAAUGUCUGUUUCUAGUGUGUUUGGGUUGUAGCUUGUGCAUUUUAAUCUUAAAGGUUAAACAUGGCUUCCGAGUGUGUGUGAUGACUGGACGAAAUGGCUUAGAAUUCCUAACGUUUUCCAUAGAUUAUGGCUAUUCAGUGACCCAUAACCCAAAAUAUUUGAGUGUUUGAGCCAGCCACUGUAUUUUACUAGUGUGCGAAUGACACCUGGUGGUCAUACAUUGCUACUACAACUGACAGCAGUUUAAUAUUUUUUAUUUUUUUUAUUUCACCUUUAUUUAACCAGGUAAGCCAGUUGAGAACAAGUUCUCAUUUACAACUGCGACCUGGCCAAGAUAAAGCAAAGUAGUGCAAUAAAAACAACAGAGUUACAUAUGGGGUAAAAAAACAUAAAGUCAGAAAAUACAACAGAAAAUAUAUAUACAGUGUGUGCAAAUGUAGCAAUAUAGUACUUGGUUUCUCAUCUGAAGCCUCAGCCAUGUUCAGUUCGAAAAAAAAUCACUACAGCUGACAUGAUUCCUUAUUCUAAAUACCAAAGAGGUAUGUCUGUUCUAUAUCAUACAUUUCUAUCUGAACGUUGGCCAACGUUGUGUCCUGCUAAACUUGACCCUGGUAUGGGACAGAUAUUACUGAUGGGCAUCAGUAAUUGGACCGUGCUCCCACCCAUCCAGGACAUCACUCGAAACGGUGCCUGAGGAAGGCACGCAGCAUCAAGGAUCCCACAUACCCCAGCCAUGAGCUGUUCUCUCCCUUACCGUCGGGUAGACUGUAUCGGAGCAUGAGGUCUGAUACCAACAGGCUCAGAGACAGUUUCUAUCUACAAGCCAUCAGACUGCUGAACACUUGAACUGGACUGACCACAUGCUCUGAUUCGCCGCACCUUAGCACACAUGUACUCACUCAUGCAUACACCCACACAUAUAUAUUCAUGCUACACACACAUCACAACUGCAGCUGCCAGACACUAAUUAUAUGGCUCAGUUUAUAUACACUGCCCCACACCCCCCCUUCCCCAAUACACUUGUAAAUAUUGGCCUAUAAAUUGCAGUUGUAAAUAUUGGCCUAUAAAUUGCAGUUGUAAAUAUUGGCCUAUAAAUUGUGCGAACCUGUAUUAUAGUUAUGCUAAAAUGUUUAUUCUAUUCUACUGAGCCAUUUACUUUAUUCGUAUUCUUAUUGUUGUUGCAUUGUCGAAGGAACCUGCAAGUAAGCAUUUCGUUGGACAAUGUAUACCAUGCAUAUCCCGUACAUACGACUAAUAAAACUUGAAACUUGGUCACUGACAGAUAUUACUAAUGUUCCAAGAUUGCAUUAAAGCGAUACUCAGGAUUCUGGCAAUGAAGCCCUUUAUCUACUUCCCCAGAGUCAGAUGAACUCAUGGAAACCAUCUGCAUCCAGUAUGAAAUUAGAGGUGGUUUCAUGAGCUAAUGGUAUCCACGAGUUCAUCCGACUCUGGGGAAGUAGAUAAAUGGCUUCAUUGCCAAAAUCCUGAGUAUCCCUUUAACUUUGAACUGUACACAAAAGUGAACUUCUUAAUAGGGUCAUUCAACAUUUGAUUUCAAUAACCUUUUGACUGCACCUCUUGAUUUGAAUGACUCUUUCCAUACAUAUUUGCCCAUGGUAGAAGUGGUCAGAAAAUUACUUUUUGGACCUGAAUGCCAAAACAUUCAGUAGAUAGGUGCUCAAAGUUUAACCAUUUUGCAUACCCCACCAUACUAUGAGACAUCCAUGUCUUCAUCACUGGAGAAGUUUAACGGUUGCGAUUGAUAUCAUUUAAAAAGAUUACAAACAGGGUUGUCAAAUUAUUUUAUAAUUUCUUUAGGUUAUUGUCGUGCUGAAAGGUGAAUUUGUCUCCCAGUGUGUGUUGGAAAGCAGACUACACCAGGUUUUCCUAUAGGAUUUGGCCUUUGCUUAGCUGUAUUCCAUUUAUUUUUAUCCUAAAUUCCCUAUUCCUUGCCAAUGACCCAUAACAUGAUGCAACCACCACCAUGCUUGAAAAUAAGAGGUGUUACUCAGUGAUGUUGGAUUUGCCCCAAACAUAAGGCUUAUAUUCUUUGCCACAUUUGUUGCAGUAUUACUUAAGUGCCUUGUUCCAAACAGGAUGCAUGAUUUGGAAUAUAUUGUAUUCUGUACAGGCUUCCUUGUUUUCACACUGUCAUUUAGGUUAGUACUGUGGAGUAACUACAAUGUUGUUGAUCCAUCCUCAUUUUUUUCAUAUCACAACCAUUAAACUCUGUAACUGUUUUAAAAUCACCAUUGGCCUCAUGGUGAAAUCCCUGAGCAGUUUCCUUCCUCUCCGACAACUGAGUUAGGAAGGAGGCCUGUAUCUUUAUAGUGACACUGGGUGUAUUGAUUAGGGCUGUCCCUGAAAAAAAAUAUAUAAAAUACAUGUUAAAUCGUGUAUUUUUCCAUAUAUAGACACACCCUAUGUGUUUAAAAAAAUCAACUAUAUGCUUGUCUGAUGCUGUUUGAUGAAAUAAGAUACAAAUGACUCAAUAGGGAAGAGAUCAAGAGAACCUUAACCUGACCCCGACCAUCUUCCUCCCGCUCCUGCUGGCUUUCGCAGAUUCUGCCAUUACUCUCCUGAAGUUGCCGGUAAUAGGCUACAUGAGGAGUCGGAAACCUUUCUCAUGUGGAAUGCCAAUUUGUCUUACAAUUUCUACUGAUCUGUGUGCCAGUUAUGGUUUUCAUAUGCACAUUUUCAUGGAACAGUUUCAUUUAAUUUAUAAUAACGUCUUCGUAUCUCAAAAUCAUUGUCAUGUGGUUAAUCAACAUUCUAUCCAAAUCUUAAUGAAAAUGAUACAAACCUAAAAAGUAACUUCUAUUGCCAACUAUGUAAAAAUAACCUACAUAAAGCCAACAAAUAAAAACAUUGCAGCCUGCAGGUAGAAAAUAUCCUGAUUUAAAAAUAAAUAUCCUAUAAAUCACAUUGGCUAAGCAUGGCCUGUCAACUAUCAACUUGGAUCCAGCCGAAAGCUCCUGCUAGCAAACUUGCAACAAUGUAUAAAAUAUUCUGGGCCCUCAGUUUCCUGCACCAGUGAGAUCAGGACAGACACAGCUGUAGGCUAUUUUGCGCAAGGGAUAAGAGCUCAUCAGGUAGGCCUAUUUUAUGACGUUUCCACUGGAUCAGAGCAUUACAUUUUUCCCUUUCACGCUGAGUGGUUAUCGAAAGGGAGAGAACUGAAUUUUUUCUCUCAAUACAUUAAGGAGCUAUUGUCAUUCUCAAUGGAUGUAAAAAUACUUUGUUUGCUUGCUGUUUUGAGGUGAAGAAAACAUUACUUUGAGAAGCUCCACAGCUCAUUAGUGGUGGUGCGUUAAGCCAAUCAGAAAUACUAUCAGAUCCCCAAAUGGGCACAUUUAUAUGCCUACAUUUAUAUGCCUACAUUUAUAUGCCUACAUUUGCGCGCAGGCCAGGUAGCCUAUAGGCCUACUUCUAUGCGUAAUCAAGUGCGCGUCCUUACUCAACAUUGACAGUAGCGUUCCAAACAAAAGACAAUGAUUUAAAUUGACAACCCGUAAAUGGAAUGAAAUAAACCAAAACUUGUUUCAAACAAGUGUAACAGGUUGUGCGCUCUGCAAACAAAGUGUCCACUCUGACGAGAACGGUAAAAUACUGGAAUAAUAAUAUAUUGAACGCAUUAACAGAAAUUACCACGACCAAACAAACGUUGUAGAUUAGAAAUGAUAGGAAUUAACGGUAAAUGUAGGCUACUACUAGUGAUAUAUGGAAUGGGGAAUUGAUAGACACUAACAAUCAAGGAAAACAAUUCACACAAAGUUAUGAAACAAUGAAUGUGCACAAAUUGGCAGGAGACAGCGCAUUCUGGAGAGACGUGCAUUGUGCAUUUUAGCCACACUCCCCUUCUUCUAUGCCAUCCACGCGGCCUCCGCAAUGGAUUGGUCUCAGCCUUCGCAAUGGAUUAGUUUACUGAGAUGGGCGCGAAUCAGACAGGUGUAUCGUGUGCCAUAAAAAAUAUAUAUAUAUAUAUUUGUUACUGCUCGACUAAAAUAAAAUCUCAGUUGACCAACAGCCUAUCGACCAAACAAUCGACCAGUCGACUAAUUAGGGUCAGCCAUAGUAUUGAUACACCAUUCAAAGCCUAAUUAAUAACUUCACCAUGCUCAGGGAUAUUCAGUGUCUGCUUUUUUUAAAUUUUCAUUUAUUUUGAAGACCUUUCAAUCGGUGCCCUUCUUUGCAAGGCAUUGGAAAACCUCCCUGGUCUUUGUGGUUGAAUGUGUGCUUGAAAUUCAUUACUCGAUUGAGGGACCUUACAGAUAAUUGUAUGUGUGGGGUACAGAUAUGGGGUCGUCAUAAAAAAAAGUCAUGUUAACCACUAUUAUUGAACACAGAAUGAGUCCUUGCAACGUGUUAUGUGAUUUGUUAUACAUUUUUACAUUUUAGUCAUUUAGCAGACGCUCUUAUCCAGAGCGACUUACAGGAGCAAUUAGGGUUAAGUGCCUUGCUCAAGGGCACAUUUACGUCAUUUAGCAGACGCUCUUAUCCAGAGCGACUACAAAUUGGUGCAUUCACCCUAUAGCCAGUGGGAUAACCACUUUACAAUUAUACUUUUUUUUUGGGGGGGGGGGGUAGAAGGAAUUAUAAGCACCUUUUUACUCCUGAACGUACUUAGGCAAGCCAUAACAAAGGGUUUGAAUACUCAAGACAUUUCAGCUGUUCAUUUUUAAAAAAUGAAUUUGUAAAAAAAAUAUAAAAACAAAAUUCCACUGUCAAUAUAGGGUAUUGUGUGUAGAUCAGUGACACACAAUCUCAAUUUAAUUCAUUUUAAAUCCUGGCUGUAACAACAAAAUGUGGAAAGGGGGAUACCUAGUCAGUCCCACAACUGAAUGCAUUCAACAGAAAUGUGUCUUUCGCAUUUAACCCAACUCCUUAAUCUCGACGUCCACGUCAUCAGUGCCCGGGGAGCAGUUGUUAAUUGGGGGUUAACUGCCUUGCUCAAGGGCAGAACCGCAGAUUUUUUCCACCUUGCCGGCUCGGGGAUUCUAACCAGCGACCUUUUGGUUACUGGCCCAACGCUCUUAACCCAUAGGAGUUUUACGUAAUCUAUCACAAGACAUCUAGUGGCCCUUUUGGGUACUUUUGCAAUUAUCUCUGGCCCUCUGUGUGGCCUUAUCACAUGUAAAAUAUAUGAAAUAAUUAAAUAAGAUUAUUUUUUAAUUUAAAAACAAUUGAAUGACAAAGCUGUAAAACAUUAUCCUAAAUAUAAACCUAGUGAAUACCAUUGGUGUUUUAAAUGAGGGUUUCAGCAUGAAAUAUCCAUUAGUAAAAUAAAUGUGUAAUCUUUUUUUUAUGUCUAUGUAUUUGCUGUCAAUGUUUUGCAUCAAACUGGUGGCCGUUGUGGAAACAAAAUUCAAUAGUUGGACGAGUUGAAGAGGUGAUUUGAAAAUAAUGCCAUUGUUGAUUAGAUGCUUUUUUCAUUAAUAAGGCAAUUUUCUCUUGAACCAUAUGGUCUAUCUACUAGAAACUAAUGGACAGUGGACACAGAUAUAACAAAUACAUACUAUAUAUGAAUACAUUUUAAAAAAAGUAAAUAAAUUACCAAAGUUACAAUAGAUUGCCAUAGAUUUUCUGCUUAUUUCCAAAAUUACUGAAGAUUCCGUUAACUUUCGCUAAUUACCGGUAGCUUUGCAACCCUAGGAAUUACCCUAUAACAGUUUUUUAGGGUUCUUUUCCCUCAUUGACCAUAUAGUUCUGUUUGACUGAGAUCACACGUCUAACUGUUCUCUCUUUCAGUUGGCAGAUUGGAGGAACGAGAAGCCGAGCUGAAGAAGGAGUACAAUGCCCUCCACCAGAGACACACAGAGGUAUGGGGGAGGAGGGGGGAGUGUGUUUGUGUAUUUAAGUCCGUGUUGGGACUGUUCCAUUGUAGGCCUACUGGGCAAACUAUAUACUGAACAAAAAUAUAUAAACGCAACAUGUAAAGUGUUGGUCCCAUGUUUCAGGAGCUGAAAUAAAAGAUCCCAGAAAUUUUCCAUAUGCACAAAAAGCUUAUUUAUCUCAAAUUUUGUUCACAAAUUUGUUUACAUUCCUGUUAGUGAGCAUUUCUCCAAAGCAUUUCUGCAAAGAUAAUCCAUCCACCUGACAGGUGUGGCAUAUCAAAAAGCUGAUUAAAUGGCAUGAUCAUUACACAGGUAUACCUUGUCCUGGGGACAAUAAAAGGCCACUGUAAAAUGUGCGGUUUUGUCACACAACACAAUGCCACAGAUGUCUCAAGUUUUGAGGGAGCGUGCAAUUGGCAUGCUGACUGCAGUAAUGUCCACCACAGCUGUUGCCAGAUAAUUUAAUGUUAAUUUCUCUACCAUAAGCCGCAUCCAACAUCGUUUUAGAGAAUUUGGCAGUACAUCCAACCGGCCUCACAACCGCAGACCACGUGUAACCACGCCAUCCCAAGACCUCCACAUCCAGCUUCUUCACCUGCGCCGCUGCCCAGUCAUGUGAAAUCCAUAGAUUAGGCCCUAAUUUAUUUAUUUCAAUUGACUGAUUUCCUUAUAUGUACUGUAACUCUUUGUUCAGUAGAAAUCACGUAAAACUCAGGGCCUCCCGAGUGGCGCAUCGGUCUAAGGCACUGCAUCGCAGUGCUAGAGGCGUCACUACAGACCCGGGUUCGAUCCCAGGCUGUGUCAUUACCGGGAGUCCCAUAGGGCGGCGCACAAUUGGCCCAGCGUCGUCCGGGUUAGGGGAGGGUUUGGCCGGGGGGGCUUUACUUGGCUCAUCACGCUCUAGCGACUCCUUGUGGCCGGGCGCCUUCAGGCUGACAUCGGUCGUCAGUCGAACAGCUGGCUUCUGGGUUAAGCUCCUGUGAGUCGCUCUGGAUAAGAGCGUCUGCUAAAUGACUAGAUUGUAUGUAUAAUAUGUUUUAGACAUAGGUUGGCAUGAUGUUUGACCCACAGUGAACAAAGACAAGACUGCUAUUUCCAGCUUACAUUCAGGGAAUUCAAACUACAACAGAGGACGGAGGGAGGGGAAGGGAGGGAGAGAUAAGGAUGGUGAGGGAUGGAGAAUGCAAGAUGCAGGAGAGAGGAAGGAGAAAGAGGGAGUUAGAAUUGGGUCAGUUUAAGGAGAUUUGGAGCAAUUAUCCCAACAUUAAGUACAGUGGGGAAAAAAAGUAUUUAGUCAGCCACCAAUUGUGCAAGUUCUCCCACUUUAAAAAGAUGAGAGAGGCCUGUAAUUUUCAUCAUAGGUACACGUCAACUAUGACAGACAAAAUGAGAAAUAAAAAUCCAGAAAAUCACAUUGUAGGAUUUUUUAUGAAUUUAUUUGCAAAUUAUGGUGGAAAAUAAGUAUUUGGUCAAUAACAAAAGUUUCUCAAUACUUUGUUAUAUACCCUUUGUUGGCAAUGACACAGGUCAAACGUUUUCUGUAAGUCUUCACAAGGUUUUCACACACUGUUGCUGGUAUUUUGGCCCAUUCCUCCAUGCAGAUCUCCUCUAGAGCAGUGAUGUUUUGGGGCUGUCGCUGGGUAACACGGACUUUCAACUCCCUCCAAAGAUUUUCUAUGGGGUUGAGAUCUGGAGACUGGCUAGGCCACUCCAGGACCUUGAAAUGCUUCUUACGAAGCCACUCCUUCGUUGCCCGGGCGGUGUGUUUGGGAUCAUUGUCAUGCUGAAAGACCCAGCCACGUUUCAUCUUCAAUGCCCUUGCUGAUGGAAGGAGGUUUUCACUCAAAAUCUCACGAUACAUGGCCCCAUUCAUUCUUUCCUUUACACGGAUCAGUUGUCCUGGUCCCUUUGCAGAAAAACAGCCCCAAAGCAUGAAGUUUCCACCCCCAUGCUUCACAGUAGGUAUGGUGUUCUUUGGAUGCAACUCAGCAUUCUUUGUCCUCCAAACACGAUGAGUUGAGUUUUUACCAAAAAGUUAUAUUUUGGUUUCAUCUGACCAUAUGACAUUCUCCCAAUCCUCUUCUGGAUCAUCCAAAUGCACUCUAGCAAACUUCAGACGGGCCUGGACAUGUACUGGCUUAAGCAGGGGGACACGUCUGGCAAUGCAGGAUUUGAGUCCCUGGCGGCGUAGUGUGUUACUGAUGGUAAGCUUUGUUACUUUGGUCCCAGCUCUCUGCAGGUCAUUCACUAGGUCCCCCCGUGUGGUUCUGGGAUUUUUGCUCACCGUUCUUGUGAUCAUUUUGACCCCACGGGGUGAGAUCUUGCGUGGAGCCCCAGAUCGAGGGAGAUUAUCAGUGGUCUUGUAUGUCUUCCAUUUCCUAAUAAUUGCUCCCACAGUUGAUUUCUUCAAACCAAGCUGCUUACCUAUUGCAGAUUCAGUCUUCCCAGCCUGGUGCAGGUCUACAAUUUUGUUUCUGGUGUCCCUUGACAGCUCUUUGGUCUUGACCAUAGUGGAGUUUGGAGUGUGACUGUUUGAGGUUGUGGACAGGUGUCUUUUAUACUGAUAACAAGUUCAAACAGGUGCCAUUAAUACAGGUAACGAGUGGAGGACAGAGGAGCCUCUUAAAGAAGAAGUUACAGGUCUGUGAGAGCCAGAAAUCUUGCUUGUUUGUAGGUGACCAAAUACUUAUUUUCCACCAUAAUUUGCAAAUAAAUUCAUUAAAAAUCCUACAAUGUGAUUUUCUGGAUUUUUUUUUCUCAAUUUGUCUGUCAUAGUUGACGUGUACCUAUGAUGAAAAUGACAGGCCUCUCUCAUCUUUUUAAGUGGGAGAACUUGCACAAUUGGUGGCUGACUAAAUACUUUUUUUCCCCACUGUAUGUUGUCAUGUUGCCUCAACUCAGUCUGCCUAAAGUCUGUUCUCCAUAAUGUAUUACUAACACAUUGGCUGAGACGCCAAAACAAACAAGCCUGCAUAGAGACCAUGACAUUUAAAUAUGGACGGAAACUAGAUUUUAGCUCACACACACACAAACACACGGUGACAGCUGAAUACCCCACAGGCCAGGAGGCUGUCUGUUCCAGCUGUACAUCGACACAAAAACCUCAUCUAAGAAACAGCAGGCAUCAUGGCCAUGUUCAAAUCGUUUUUUGAAUAGGGCCACUCCCUGUCCACGCUAACCCCCCGUCUCACUGUGUGGUAUGUCCCAUGCAGAUGAUCCACAGCUACAUGGAGCACUUGGAACGUACCAAACACCAGCAGCAUGCGCCGGUGCAGGAGGCACCUUCAGACACAAGCAGAUCACGGUAAGAUCAUACAUACAACUCUUAAAGUCACAUUCCAAUAUCACUGUGUGUACAGUAUCUGCAGUUGUACACAAACACUCUCAUAUAGCAGUGCUUCCCUAGUACAUUGCUGGCUCGUGGCCAGUUCAUCCUGGGUACUGUGUAGGUCAGUGGAGGCUGCUGAGGGGAGGACGGCUCAUAAUAAUGGCUGGAACGGAGCGAAUGGAAUGGCAUCAAACACCUGGAAACCAUGUGUUUGAUGUAGUUGAUACCAUUCCACUGAUUCCGCUCCAGUCAUUACCACGAGCCCGUCCUCCCCAAUUAAGGUGCCACCAACCUCCUGUGGUGUAGGUGUUUGUAUUUUAUUAUACAGCUUCCCUAGAAGUAUGGCACAUUAACAUUCAUUGGCUUAGUUGGCUCCUCACCCUGGCUCAGUGUGUUUUUGAGAGAGUAAGUUGAUGUGCAGGCACCACUCCUACGCUCUCUGCUCUCCAUAGGCACUAUUUCCAUGUAGGUCAGAACCUGACAGAAGAUGAGAGAUGUGAGGUAGGGAUGAGAGGAUGGGAAGGGAAAGGAAAGGAAAGGGGGGGGAGUAGAGUAGAGGAGGGGAUCGGAGGAGAGGAUGAUAUGAGUUGAAGUGGGGGGAGGAGGAUGAAGAGGAGAUUGGGAUAGAGAUUGAGUAGGACUAUGCCAUGGAAUCAGCUGUAUUUAAAUCAGCCAGAGGUCUGUCAGUGGUCAGCUGCAGUAAUCCCACAGUGGGAUGGUGAUGAGUGAUUCAGAGCUGUAGUGUUUUUGUCAGCUGAUCAGAUUAGUGAGUGAAACAGCAGUAAAAGGAGGUCAUGGUCUCCCGCUGGGCAAACCUUCAUUUUGAACAGUGUAGCUUUUUAGAUUUAAGCAGCAUUUGUGUUUGUGUUCACAGUUUGUGUUCACAAGGCACUCAUUUGUGAUUUCUGCGUUUUCCCUAACAGAAGUGUGGUACAUUAUUUAUUAGCUUUGUGUGUAGCAGCAGCCCUCUACAGUCUCUCAGUAGCAGCAGACGCUGUCAGUUCCUCCUCCCAGUCUCUCCAUGGCUCAGCCAAUCAGCAUCGAGCUGAGGGGAGGCAUAUGUUACCAGCUCUGAUGCUGCCUCAGCAUCCGAAAGGGAGGGGAGAGAAAGCGAGGGUGAGAGCGACGGCGACAAUUCUAGACUGCACAGCGACAUCAGUGUCGCAGCUUAGGAAAGACAAAAGAGUAAGCGGGAGUAUCGUCUGCCAGAAAGAGGAUACAAUACAUCAAGAAAAGAGAGGCGAGGAGAAGGCUGCUGCAAAGCCAGUGUCCACCCUCUUUCUCUCGCUCUCUCUGGAUGAUGUCACAGCAGUGUUGAACUGAAGCCGGCAUCACUCU